GGAACAAGGAGUGCAUAGGAAGGUUUUAGUUGGGAGGGGGUAGGGAAAUAGCUUGGGCAUUGUGGAAAAGGGGCUCUUAAGGAUUCAGUUGUCUGUCUGCCUGCCGCUGAGUUUUCCCUUGGCGGGAAGGUACUCGGUUUGAACGACGACGGGCCUCCCCUUCCCCUCGUGCGGAGGACCAACCGGAUAUCCCGGCUUGCAGCGCGACGCUAGCAUGGCGGCCAGCGACGUUCAACCACUGAGGCAAACGGCGGGAUGAGGUUGGAACCAAGGGUAGAUUGUCUUCGUGUUCGCCUCCUCGGACUCCAGCCCCCCCGCGCGGCUCAGCUCUUCCCGCCUCCCCUCCUUCCGCGCGAUCGCCGAGGCGCUGAGCGCGGCCGGAGAGCGUCUUCGCGUCCGUCUGGCUGAGCAGGCUCGAUGGGGCAGUGAGGACACGGGCCGCGAGUGUGCCCCUGCCAAAUAGUGAGUGCCCACGGCCGCCAAGGCCAGGACGGGGCGUCGCGCUUGCGCACUAGCUGCCAAGCGGCACUUCCUGCUAAAUCGUGAGCCACUCCACAGCGACUGGGAAUAAAGCUGUCUCCUGCCGCCCAUCAACAUUUUUAUAAUUAAGAAAACUUUGAUUAAUGAGUUUCCCGCCCUUGCUUGCUCUUAACGUGAAUACUGAUAAUCUGUGAUGACAAUAUAUAAGGCUCGUAAUUUUCUGACAAACCUCAUCUUUGAAGAUAAAGUCGUGUCACUGUCUUGAGCUGUCAAGGGGAGGAAAACACAGGUGCUCAACUUUAAUGGAAGGUCCACGGGGCUCACAGGAACAGCCUGUAAAAAAAAUACGCCAUGAUUUGGACACAACAGAUGAGCAAAGAUUAAGAUCUAGGGAACUGCAGAACUUUAUGAGUCUGCCAAAUCAAACCAAUAGAAACGAUAAGCAAAAGUUUGAGGAUGGUAGUCAAGCUGUUAAUUUAACCGUGCUGAAUGAAGCGGAAGUUAAAAGUGAAGUGGUUCAAGGCAAUGAAUCUGAGGCUGCAACAGAAGUCAGAUCUGCUGAUGCAUAUCCAGGCUCAGUUAUAACUUGCACGGGUUAUAAUCCUCGGGUACCAAAUCAAGACAGUGCCCUGUUAUUUCCUACGAAGCCAUAUCCACACCUUUUCUCUCCACCAAUAGUGCAAGCUUCUUACAUAGGAGAGGCACGGUAUUCAGCAAUGCAGCAGUCAGCAUCUUACCCUGCAUAUUCCCAGUCAAGUCAGCCUUACGGACUACCUCCAUUUGAUGCAUUGUGGCCUGGUGUGAAAACAGAAGAUGGAUCACACAGUCACCCGGGAUACCUCAGUUACAGUACAGGAUUUAGCUCAGACCAAACCAGUCCAGCAUACUAUACAUACCCUGUUCAAGGUGCAGGAUUCCCAAGAACUAGUAUUUAUUCUGGUGGCGCUGUCGUUGCCAAUGUAGCAACUCCCAGCAGUUCUAAUCAGGAGUACCAUUCCUACACAUCCCUUGGGCAAAACCAAUAUGUGCCAUAUUUUCAGAGUUCAAAUUACGCGUCAACCGUGACUUCAAACCCUCAACCUGCCAGCACCACAACUGUCACUUACCAACUGCAAAAAACAGAAGCAGAGGUUUCUAAUUCCAAAGAUGAAAGUUUUCAAUCAGGAGUUUCUGCUGCAGAGCAAACUCUGUCAACCACAGUAAUAAAGGAGCUUAAAGAACAAUCCCAAAAAAUUCCAAGCGGGAAGUCCCGGGGGAAAGGAAAGAAAAGCUGUUCAUCCCCACCACCUGAUAAUAAACUGGAGCGUGUGUUUGUUUGGGAUUUGGAUGAAACCAUUAUCGUCUUUCAUUCGUUGCUAACUGGGUCAUAUGCACAAAGAUUUGGAAAGGAUCCUGCAUCGGCUCUGACCUUAGGGUUGCGGAUGGAGGAAAUGAUCUUCAAUCUUGCUGACACUCACUUAUUCUUCAACGAUUUAGAGGAGUGUGACCAAGUUCACGUGGAGGACGUUGCGGCUGAUGACAACGGACAAGAUUUAACGAACUAUGACUUUGCUGCUGAUGGUUUCCAUGGAUCAGUGCCUGGCUCGAGCCACUCCUCAGGAGGUAUUGGUCAGGGAGGCGUUGAUUGGAUGAGAAAGCUGGCCUUUCGAUAUCGACAAGUGAAGAAAAUUUACAACACCUACAAUACAAACGUUGAAGAACUCCUCAACCCAGCCAAGAGGGAUUCAUUACAACAAUUAAAAGCAGAUGUAGAAGCUUUGACAGACUCCUGGCUAGCAACUGCAUUGAAAUCAUUAACGUUAAUUCAAUCAAGAAGAAAUUGCAUUAAUAUCCUGGUCACCACAACGCAACUGAUUCCAGCUCUGGCUAAAGUUUUGCUGUAUGGAUUAGGUGAGAUCUUCCCUAUUGAAAACAUCUACAGCGCCACGAAAAUAGGUAAAGAAAGCUGUUUUGAACGUAUUGUGUCCAGAUUUGGAAAGAAAGUUACAUACGUCGUCAUUGGAGAUGGUCGGGAUGAGGAGUACGCAGCAAAACAGCACAACAUGCCAUUUUGGAGAAUUUUGAAUCAUGGUGACCUGAUGUCAUUGCAUCAAGCUCUGGAAUUGGACUAUCUGUGAACAACUGGAAAGGAACACAAAUCUGAACUACUGCUACAAAUGGCUUGCAUCUUGCUUCAGUGUGGACCACUAACUUUGUUGAUAACGUGUCUUGUCAACCAUGGACAAAACGUUGAGGACAUUGAGCAGCCCAGCUACCUGAGUGAUCUGCUUAUUAACGUUGGACAUUGACUUAAGAAUAGACAUGCACAGGUUGCAAGAGCUUUAUAGAGUGAAAUUACCACCUUUGUUUUUUUUUUAAAUUUUAAAUCUAUCCAAAUCUUUUGAAUUGGACCUUUAAAAUAAGGCCAUAAUCUUGUGUUGAAUUUUUAGUCAAGCCAGUGUCUGUUCCUUUUUAAAUGCACUGAAAUCUUUGCUGUUAUUAAUAAGGAGAGUUUGUGCAAGACAUUCUUUGGAAAUCUUGCUGUGUAAAUGUUCCUGAACAUCUUUUCUUCAGCAUUAUCCGAUCCAGCAGUGUUAUUAUAGGGAAACUGGCUGCAGAAAUGCAUUGGAGAUUUUUUUUUGUGUGGAAAAUUUGAAUGAGCAGGCCUAUCUACAUUUAAAAAAAAACUUCAUUUUAGUUGAUGUCUUUUUAAUUCUAUUAGAGUUUUUAAUAAAUACCUUAUUUCUGAAUGCUCCCAUGCUGAUGCAGGGCACAGCAUGAAAUAGAACCUCGAACUCAGCCGCCAAUCUUCCUUUUUUAACACUGCUCGGUGACCUAGAGGAUGGAGAUGAGAGCCUCGGCUAAAACCGUAGAAAGGAGGAAAUGAUUCAGGUUGAGGACCUUUUAUCAAAACUGGAAAAUGGAACUGACUUGAAGCAGGAAAUGUUUGGGUUGGGGGGGGGGAUGGUAGUGUUGGGGAAGAAGGUGUGUUGCAAAGAUGUGGAGGAAUAACGGAGGUGUGUGUUAGGAAUGGAAUAGGAGGUGACGUGACAAAGGGGAAUAACGGUACGAGAAAUAUGCCGAUUAACAGUGCAUGUUCUUCUCCCAUUUCCCUCACAGCUUCAUUCUGUCCUCUUUAGUGUCAACAGAAUCACUAUAUUAGUGAUUUAUUUUUGCUGUUAGCAGCUCCGGUCAGAUUGUUCAGGCAUAUUUUUAUGAUAUUACAAGCAGACUUUGCUACUUUCCCUUUUUUUUAGUCUACUGUCACCCAGAAAAUACCUGACUUGAACAACGUGGAUAUCUGAGAUGCUGAUAAAAAGUGUAUUAGUCCAUCCCUGAGUAAAUAAAGCAACACAAAAAAAAAUAGUUGGCUGGUCCCAAUGCUGUUUAUUUAAAAUAUUUAUUAACUUUCGAAUGAAAGUGGAAUGUUAAAUUAGUUUUCAUUCUCUUUGAUCAGUGUUUGCCUUGCAUUUUGAAGUUUGCACGAUUCAAAGUACAUUUAUUAUCAAAGACUGUAUAAAUUAUUCAACCUACAGGCUGCCACGAAGUAAGAAACUGGAAAAACCCAAUUUAAAAAAAAGACCAACACCCGAUGCGCAGAAAGGGGGGAAAGAAAACACAAAUCAUGCAAACAAUAAAAGAAAGCAACAGUGUUCUGAACCAAAUUCAUUCCGUAGACCUGGAGCCCCUUGUAGACCCAUGGCUUCGGUGACAGUUCAUCACUCAGCGGGGUAAAUCGCCACAAAUCUCGUGGACACAAAGCACCUAGCAGCUGGAGUAGUCUCAUGGCCUCAGCAUCAUGGCGGAGAGUGGAGUAAACAUUGCGGAAGACUGGGUGAAUCUCGUCUCCGGUCCCGACACCCUGCCUUUUCAGUCUAUCUGGAGCGCACUGCGACCGGGGUUCCGCCGCAGCGAAACGCUCUGGGCCCGUAUCCUGCCGCCCAGCCCCAGGCAGUUCUCAACCCUUCCAAAUCGACUCUGCACUUAGAUCAGUUGUUUCAUUUAGAAUUAAAACCCUUCAAGUUCAGGAAUAAGUACCAGAAAUAUUACAAACGAAGCUCAAUUAUGAUACUUCACCAAGAUAGUGCGUUAAAAUAUCUUGCGUCUUGCCCAAGAUGAAUGUUUUAUAUUCCAACAAAUUGAGUUUAUGUACAACUUACUGACUGCCCGUUUUGUCGCUGGUGUUCAGGGCUUCCUUCAUCAUGUCCAUAGCUUCCUCUCGGUUUUCACUACUGUCGGCCUUAUAAGUCCCAGUUGGAGACUCGGGAGUACCGUCAAACUCAGAUGUAGAAGGAUUCUUCAUCGCUAUUUCCGUAACGAUUUUGUUUUACCCGUCAGGGUUAGCCCUGAGCUGAAUCUCCAAACCUGGAGAACCUGUGGACCACUCUUAGACUGGCCUCUACCCUUUGACCCUACCAAUUGCCAAAGCAUGAAGCCCUGACUCCAGCCAACGUAGUUGUCCAGGUCAUUGAGGCACGCAGACCAAACCAUGACAAGGUUGCGGUCCUCUUGAAAGUUUACGCACAACACUAAGGCCAAGUUGGUGAACUUGACAAGAGCUGAACACAAACUAUCCAAACUGUGAAGACCAUUUUGCAUUUUCUUCCCCUCUCCCAGAACUCAAAACAAUAGUUCUGAGUGAGAUACAAACAGUAUCAUGACAUCAUUACUAAUGCACUGACCUAAUUCCCUUAAGCUUUCUAUGAUACCAUUGUGAUUUGUAAGCUAAUGUAAUGUGUGCUUUUUUCUGCUUCAUCUCCUUAAUGCCUGUUAUGUUCAUACCAUGAGUACAAACUAUGGCAUUGGUACUUGACUCUCAUACAUACUUCCCCAUAACAAUACUGCUGUGUGAAUUGUUGUGUUCCAAUGGUCGUUGCGGUCCAAUCGACUACUGUAUAUGUAGGUAAUAAAAGUUCAUUUCAAGUCGA